AUGACCUCGUCAGCGGUUCCGUCUCGGAACGGAGAAGGAUCCUCCUCCUCUCGUGUCAAUCAUGGUGCCGCGGAACACUCCACCAACUUCGCUAGCUCAACAGCGUAUCUGUCAAUUCUUACCGAGUCGCAACGUCAGGCGUGUACCUCGCCUCCAGCUCAACCAUUACAGAUCCUUGCUGGGCCGGGAAGUGGCAAGACCAGGGUCCUCACGAGCAGAGCCGCUUGGCUAGUGCUGCACCACAAAAUCAUGCCAGAGUCCAUAGUCAUGAUCACUUUUACUAACAAAGCUGCCAGGGAAAUGCGCUCGCGUUUGGAGAAGCUGAUCGGAACCGAACGCACCGGAAGACUAGUCCUGGGAACAUUCCACGCGGUGAUGGCAAGAUACCUCAGGAGGCAUGGAAGGAAAAUUGGCCUGGCCAACAAUUUCUCCAUCUUAGACGCUGAUGACAGUAAAAAAGUCCUGAAAGAGAUUCUCAAGGAACAAUUCGACAACGCGCCUCAUGGCAUCAAGGUGACACCAGAUCAAGCAGCCACAGAAAUCAGCAAAGCAAAGUCCAAAGGCUACACCGCAUCGCACUUCGAAGCUGCUCUUGCAAAGGAGUCGGCCAAGAAGGGCAAGGACGCGACGACGUUGCGCACAGCGAUCGCCGAUGUAUACGUCUCCUACGAGCAGCGACUGGAGCAAAACUCAUGCUUGGAUUUCGACGAUCUGCUAUUGAAGGGCUGUAAGCUCCUUCAGCACAAGGAGGUCGUCGAUGAUAUCGUUCAUGUUCUGGUCGACGAAUUCCAGGAUACCAACGUCGUCCAGUACGAUUUGAUGCAGUGCUUUGCUGCGGCAACUACGGCGAAUCUUCUUCGAGCGCCUGGCUUGGUCUUAGCUACAGACGGAACCGCUGAGUCUCCUGCCACGCCUUGCGGCCUCAGCAUUGUCGGCGACCCAGAUCAAUCCAUCUAUCUUUGGAGAUCCGCAGAGAUCGAAAAUUUGAACAAGAUGACGAGCCAUUAUCCCAUGACGAUGCGAGUCAAUUUGGAAGAGAACUUCAGAUCCGCUGGAAAUAUUCUGGACCUGUGCUUGCGAAUCAUCGAGCAGGACAAGGAACGCAUCAAGCGGGGCCUGCGCACAAGCCAUCCUCUAGGAGUGCCUGUCGUACUCAAGCAGGCAUCCAGCGCUGGCCGCGAGGCUCAAUUCAUUGCGACCGAGAUCAAGCGCCUGAUCGCGCACACAGGAGGCCUCCUUGGAUACGCAGAUUUCGCAAUCUUGCUGCGCUUCAACGCUCUAUCACGCGAGGUUGAAAAAGCCUUGCAACAAGAGGGUCUUCCAAGCAAAAUGCUUGGCGGUUCUAAAUUCUUCGAUCGUGUCGAGGUGAAAGACUUGCUCGCGUAUCUCACUCUAGCAGCAAACCCGAAUAAUGUGUCAGCAUUCGUUCGGGUCGUCAAUGUACCCAAAAGAUCCAUUGGCGACAAGUCUGUGCAAGAGCUGCUCACGAAAGCGCGCGAGUUGAGCAUGAAGCCCAUGGAGCUUGCAGAGCAGCUGGUGCAUGGAACCAAGAAGCUCCAGGGUAUCAAACCUGCGGUCACAAAGAAUUUGAAGCAGUUCGUGGACAUCGUUGCACGCAUCCGCCGGCAAGCCACAAAGGGACGCACCGCUGCCGAGCUUCUAGAGACGGUACUAAAGCAUACCAACUUCGAAGACUACCUCCGCAAGCUUGGCGAACACGAGUCCAGGUGGGAGAACGUGAAGGAGCUGAUCAAUUUCGCUGAAAUUGUCAGGCAAUCAGGUGUUGAUGAUGCACAGCUGCGAUCUCAGCUCGAACGCACCAAGAACGAAGCUGCAGACGAUUCCGCAGAUGAUGUCAAGGAUGUGUCCGCUCGAGCGACUCAGUCAGUGAACGUAAAGGCGGGUCUCGACGAGCACGACGCUCGCGAUAGCAAAAGCGGUAUACAAGGAGACGCCGAACUUGUCGCAGGCGAGCUAAGCGCGGCUCAAUCUGUCAAGGCAGAGCCCGCUGAAGAACGAACUUCGCACUCUGCAAGCCAAGGCGCAUCAAAUUUGCUUGGGAAGCUGGAGCAGGCACCUGAGAGCGUGAAGGCAGAAUCUGAUGACGAAAUCCAAUUUGUCAGUGCGACUUUCAAAGAAUCUUCCAGAUCGACGAAGUCCGUCUCCGUCCUGUCUGGAGACUUCAAGCGUCAAGGCGAAGCUCUGCGGCGCUCGGACAAGGCGAAAAGACCCAAAAAAGAGGUGCCUUCAGACGAGGUGGAGGACACGUCCGACCCACAAUCGUCUGACGGGGAGCCAGAUGCGUCCGAAGCUACUCAGAUACAACCCGAUGGACCGCUUGCAAAGUUUCUCGAGGCUUGCACGCUAAGCACAGACAUGCACAGCGAGGGCGAUGAUGAGCAAGAUGGGCCCAAAGUCACGAUCUCGACGGCGCACGCUGCCAAAGGUCUUGAGUUUCCGGUCGUCUUUGUCUUAGGGGUAGAAGAUGGAAGCUUUCCUCGCGCCCAGACAAAUUUGUAUUUGACACACGCAGCUCAGCGCCAUAUCGGAGGCCAGAUGGAGAAUACGGACCGCAUCUUGUCUCAAUUCAUCUCUCCACUCGCCGACCGAGCCCACCGUGGGGGACAGGCUGCUGGCGGGCCAAAUCCGGCUGUUCUGAGACGCGGCUCAAACAUGGCGCCGCUUCCAGUGGCUUUCAGCCAUCAACAGCGCCCAGUGCUCACCGAGAAGCACCGCCGCGACAUCGCGGUAAUCCUGGAGAGGCGACUGCCCUCCGAUUACGAAGAGACCGUUAGCGAUAGCAUAGCGAAGUUGUGA